AGCAUGCACUCGGUCGACGCCAUCUUUCUUGUUGUGGUCUGCUCACCGUCAGAGCUCUGUGGAAAAAAACCUCCGAUUAAUUUCACAAUUUAACUGUUAUUAGCGUCUUAAAUUUCAUCUUUAAGAAGAGCCGAGAAGUAAAAAAGAGGCAACAGCAACAUGGCGCAGUACAAAGGAGCUGCCAGCGAGGCCGGCAGAGCCAUGCAGCUGAUGAAGAAACGAGAGAAAGAGAGAGAACAGCUGGAGCAACUCAAGCAGAAGAUAGCUGAGGACAACAUGGUCAAGUCCAACAUUGAUAAGAAGUUCUCAGCUCACUAUGACGCUGUGGAGGCAGAGCUGAAGUCCAGCACAGUCGGUCUGGUGACACUGAAUGACAUGAAGGCCAAGCAGGAAGCGCUGGUGAAGGAGAGAGAGAAACAGCUGGCCAAGAAAGAGCAGUCCAAGGAACUCCAGCUCAAGCUUGAGAAGCAGAAAGAGAAGAAAAGAAAGGAGGAACAGAAGAGAAAAAUAGCUAGUUUGUCGUUUAAUCCUGAAGACGAAGGAGAGGAGGAGGAGGAGGAAAAUGAAGAGGAAGAGCAGGACUACUCUCCGGUUAAGAAGAAGAAACUGGGGAAAAAUCCAGACGUGGACACGAGUUUCCUUCCUGAUCGAGACAGAGAGGAGGAGGAGAAUCGUCUCAGAGAGGAACUCCGGCAGGAAUGGGAGCUCAAACAGGAGAAGAUUAAAAGUGAAGAGAUUGAGAUUACAUUCAGCUACUGGGAUGGUUCUGGACAUCGUAAGACUGUCAAGAUGAAGAAGGGAAAUACCAUCCAGAACUUUCUGCAGAGGGCUCUGGAGGUCCUCAGAAAAGACUUCAGUGAGCUCAGGUCUGCUGGAGUCGAACAGCUGAUGUACAUUAAGGAGGAUCUGAUAAUCCCACAUCACCACAGUUUUUAUGACUUCAUCGUGACCAAAGCAAGAGGCAAAUCUGGUCCACUUUUCAGCUUUGACGUCCACGAUGAUAUUCGACUGGUGAACGACGCCACUGUGGAGAAAGAUGAGUCUCACGCAGGUAAAGUGGUGCUGAGGAGCUGGUACGAGAAGAACAAACACAUCUUCCCCGCUAGUCGCUGGGAGCCGUACGAUCCCGAGAAGAAAUGGGACAAAUACACGAUCCGGUGAAACAUCUGUCUUUUCCAGCCACUCGAAUUCCUUAAUGCAAUCUUUUUUCUUUUCUUUUUUGUUAAUUUCAUCUCAUUUUACUGUUAUCACAUAUUUCAUCAGUGCUUCUGAUGAAAGACUUGAUAAACUGUUGAUACAUGGUUUUACUCGGUAUUCGAAAUACUGCUUUUCUGUAUUCUGCCAGUGCAUUGUUUCCUGUGAAAACAGCCCCACAAUUAUAUGUAUGUAUAUAGCUCUAAACAUGUAGAAUCGUCUGUGCUAAAUAAAUUGAACCUGGCUAUAA